UGUGUGUGUGUGUGUGUGUGAUGCAUUGUAUGUGUGUGGUAUCAGGUGACAUAAUGAAUUUGUUGAUGAAGAAAGACACAUUGAGUGAGAAGGAAACACUUUUCUAGAUGGCAGAGUCUGUGUUGGCUAUCAAUUCAUCGGUUGGGGUUCAUACAUAGAGACAUUAAAACAGCAAUGCUUACUCUACUGUUGGUACUCCUGACUACAUUGCUCCUGAGUUCUUCAUACAGACAGGCUAUACAAAGUCGUGCGACUGGUGGUCAUUAGGAGUCAUCAUGUAUGAGAUGUUGAUAGGGUGGCCGGCGUUCUGCUCAGAGUCUACACAAGAGAUGUACAAGAUUAUAAAAUGGAAAGAGAAUUUGGUAUUUCCUCCUGAGAAUCCGAUAUCUGCCGAGGCUCGUGAUCUCAUACUGAAAAUGUGUACAUCUCCUAAUGUAAGAAUCGGAAGGAAUGAUGUGACUGAGAUACAAUGUCAACCAUUUUUUCAUGAUGUUGACUGGGAACACAUUAGGUACAUACACAAUAAUUAUUGUGGUGGAUGGUGAACAUAGUCAACGAUGAAAGGCAAAAGACAGACAAACAGACAGACAGACCAGACAUUGUAGCAUUUGACCCCGACAAGGGUUGCAACGUUGACCUGGAUAUACCUCUGGCACACCCUUGGAGCUCUGAUAUUUUUCCAAGGUCAUCUGAGUCAGAUGGUGCUGCUGCAGAAAGAAGAGAAGAUAGGAAGAAGGCAAAAUAUGCAAAGGGAAAUCUGCCAGGUGGAUCAACAGUCAGUUUCAUUCCCUUAGUUAUAGAACAUUUUGGACGAUGGGGUGAGAUGGGAAACAACUUUCUGGAAAGGCUAGCCAAGAAGUCACGUGAUGAACUUGGACAACCUAAUGCUACUGAUUUUCUGGACAUAUGGAGAAAGAGAUUCUCAACUCAACUUCAGAAGUGCAAUGCAAAGGUCAUCAUGAGAAAAAUCUCAGCUCUGACAAAUCACAUUGACUGUACUGUAGAUUGCUCUACCCAGUUUUUCAGCCACUAAGUUGGUUCGGGGUAGUCUGCAUUGUUCUCUUUUAAGUGUUACAUGUUUGUUUGUUUUUAAAAUCUAGUUCUAGUAAACUCUCGUAGUUGCAGAACUUUAUAUAGUUACCUUGCUAGCAUUGUAUUAUAGAUGUAUGUUUGAAAUAAAUGUUAUUUGACAGACAGACAGACAGACAGACAGAACUCCUGUGCAAAUUAUCAAAGAAGUCAUCGGACAAAGUGGGACGACCGAACGCUGCAGAGUUUAUCGACUUCUGGUCCAAACGCUUUUCUAUUCAGCUCCAGAAGUGUAAUGUUAGAGUCAUCUCUAAAAAGCAAUCUUUGCUGUCUAAAGACAACAGAUGUGACCUCUUUGCCACCCAGUA